CAGUCGGCCGCGUGCGCCGUGCGCCGGCUUUCCAUGCCUAUUAUUGUACGAGUCGCGCGGCCUCUUGAAACGCUCAAAAGGCGUGCUUUGUUCCUCCGCCUGGCCCCUUUUCGCUAUGGAAACCUGCCUACUAAGUACGAGCGGCCCCCGCCGGCCGGGUUGGGGUGUUCUAUGUACUGCUUCCCGCUCUCCUCCCGUCUUCCUCCUUUCCUGCGAUGCGUUUCGAUGCGCGGCGUUGCACUGCGCUGCAACAACACCACCGUCGUUGGCUAGCGGUGAGGACGCCGCAAUGGCUCAGUGGCUCACUGGACGGUGGACGGUGGCAUGGCAUGGCAUGGCGUUGUUCAAUUCAUGCUUUGGCAGGACAAUGGCCAAUGGGAGGGCAGAUCGCCGGCUCGGUUCGUAGCCGAAGUCAAGGGCUGGAUGCGGCCGGUGACAGAUGGCAGGGCAUACAUACAUAGACAUUGACAUCUUUUUUUGCGCCGCCAAACGGAUUUUUUUUGUUGUGUGUGUUCAGUUUUUC